CAGGUUGCCACUUGAUAUUUAUGCUGUUGACCUGAAGACAUAUGUGUAUACUCAAUGUCAAGCUAGUUUUACAUGAAAACCAAAUAGAAGCUGGCAGAGAACUGGUUGGAUGUUUCUUGGUACAUGCCUUCCUUGUCAAAGUCAACCAUGUCUAUCUAUGUUAGUAUAUUGUGACUUUCCAUCCAAUUGUAGCAGCCAUAGAAAACAGAAAAAUCCUUCAUGGAACAAAUCAUCAAAGUUUUACCAUUUCUUAAACCAAGAAGGGAGAAAGAAGAAGACAAGCUAUCAUAUUUUUUCAAGAAUGGAAGUUCAACAUUGGAGGAGGUUAUUGCUUCUUUUGGCGGACGGUACGAACUACCUAUCCGAAGCUUUGCUGCCGAGGAACUCAUCAAGGCAACCAACAAAUUUUCUGAACGAGUUCGUAGUACUAACAUUGGUGAUAUGUUUGCAGGUAAUUUGAAAGAACGACCAGUUUUAGUUAAAUUUUAUAGUGGGCUGACAAAGAAUUCUUCUUGGAAUGAAACUGCCCCUGAUAGAAUUAUUCGCGAUAUAGUGGUUACUUCACAAGUUAGCCACCUCAAGAAUGUCUUGCAGCUUGUUGGCUGCUGCUUGGAAUUUGCGUAUCCAGCUAUGGUGUAUUAUUAUGCUCCUGGAUCUGAGUUUCUUACCAAUCGUCUGCGCCUUCCUAAUAAUGAUGGUAAACUACUAUCUUGGAAGAAUAGACUGACAAUUGCGACUGGUAUUGCCAAUGUUUUGCUUUAUCUUCAUUCUGCGUUUUCUGCACCCAUCAUUUUUGGGAAUUUAACCAUAAAUAAGGUGAUAAUCGACCGAAGCGGUAUAGCUAAAUUGUUUGACUUCGGCUUAUCUAUUUCCCUUCCUCCUGGAAAAUCAGAGGUGGAAAAUCAGCUGAAAUGGAUACAUGUUCCGUCUGGCCCUCAAUGCUUCAAGUCAAAUAUUGUUACUCUAAAGAGUGAUGUCUACAGCUUUGGUGUGCUUAUGCUCAUGCUCUUUACAGGAGAAACGGAUGCAAUCAAGUAUGAUGAAGAAAUGGGAGGGAGAAUUUACAUCCAGGAUUAUGUUAAGAGGCAUAUUUUGAACAAUCAGUUCAACCAAAUAGUGGAUCAAAAUAUGUUCAAACAGCAAGGUAAUUAUAAUGAACCUGAGGUACAGCAGCAGUUGCUUGAUUUCCUGGAUCUCGCGUUGAGAUGCACAGAACAUGACCGAGUGGAUAGACCAGAUAUGAUUGAAGUUGCAAAGUUGCUCCGUCAAAUGGAGAAGUCUGUUCGUUGUUCUUAAUUUGCUCUACCACUGCCAUGGACUAUGGACUGAGGAUCAAGUGCUUUAUGUUUGUAUUUUCACUGUAAAAAGCUUCUGUAAUUCAUGUUUCAAGUGCACAAAAAUAGUUGAGAAAUUAUACUUGAGUGUUUUUUUUUUUUUUUUUGCAGAUAAUGAUCAAGUAUAACCCCAAGAAUCAGAAAACCGAACUUGUAAUAUGUUUUGAAUGUAACUGGCACAGUGGUUAUCGUGAUCA